AUGCGACGAGUGGAGACGACUUCGAAUGGUAAUGUCACUGCCAUCCUAGCCUUUUCUCUGCGAGCGUUCUGUGAUGACUCGGACUUCGAAAACUAUCCGGAUGACAUCUAUAAGUGCUGUUUCACACUUGAACCACAAACAAAUCCCGUAAUGGUUUUUUACACCUCUUCACUUCAUCAACGUUCAUUAACGGAUGACCAUUACCAGGACAUCAUCGAAUUCGACGCGUCAGGCCUUCCAAUCUUCACCGAUCCGAAAUAUUUCCGUGAUUAUGGCUGGAAAGUGUCUGGUACAGUGCCACAAACACUCGAAGAUCCUGCCCAAGUUGCUCAGCUCGGAUUCUGUUUAAACCUGCAGCGAGCUGCAUCAUCGAUAAGAAUCGAACUAACCGUACCACUGAUGGUGUGUGCACUGCUAUUCUUGUUGACACCAUUCCUUGGCAUGAUUAAAGUACAGAUAUGCGCCAAAUUCUUCAUUUUGGCGUUACAAUUUCUGACAUUCAUAUUGUUUUCGAAUCGAAUUUCACCACAUCUCGGAAGUGCCAGUGCUACACCAAAACUGCUGCGAUUCCUUGAAUUCUCCGUGUUGCUCAACGGACUCUCACUCGCUGCAUCGAUUUUCCUUUGGGCUUGUACGCGAAUCAGACGAGGCUUACCGCCAUGGGGUCAACUUAUUCAAAUGAAUUCGAUGACUGUACAUACAAAUAUGCAAUUGCCGUUAUCAUCCUCCGUGAAUUUUAGGCUUUCAUUAUUUGUCAACCGGUUUUUAUGUGUGUUCCAAACACAUGCCGUCGACGAGGACGAAGGUAUCGAGAAAGCGUCGUCUGGCGGGAACUAUCAGAAGGUGGGCGUGGUUUCAUAA